AUGAAAGAAACUAUUAUGAACAAGGAGAAACUUGCCAAACUGCAAGCACGAGUGUGCAUUAGUGGGAAAGGAACUGCUCGCCAAAAGAAGAAGGUGGUUCAUAGAACAGCUACAGCAGAUGAUAAAAAACUUCAGUUCUCUUUAAAGAAGUUAGGGAUAAACAAUAUCUCUGGUAUUGAAGAAGUGAAUAUGUUCACAAACCAAGGAACAGUGAUCCACUUUAGCAACCCCAAAGUUCAGGCAUCGCUGGCAGCGAACACUUUCACCAGUACAGGCCAUGCUGAGACAAAGCAGCUGACAGAAAUGCGACCGAGUAUCUUAAACCAACUUGGUGCAGACAGUCUGACUAGUUUGAGAAGACUGGCUGAAGCUCUGCCCAAACAAUCUGUGGAUGGAAAAGCACCACUUGCUACCAGAGAGGAUGAUGAUGAUGAAGUUCCAGAUCUUGUGGAGAAUUUUGAUGAAGCUUCCAAGAAUGAAUCAAACUGAAUUGAGUCAACUUCUGGAGAAGAUAAAACUUGAAGAAGUUACUGGGAGCUGCUAUUUUAUAUUAUGACUGCUUUUUAAAAUUUUGUUCACGGAUCUGGUAAAAUCUAGAUCUCUAAUAUUUUUAAGCCCAAGCCCCUUGGACACUGCAGCUCUUUUCAGUUUUUGCUUAUACGCAAUUCAUUCUUUGCAGCUAAUUAAGCUGAAGAAGCCUGGGAAUAA